AUGUCAAGCACGCAAAUGACAGUCGAUAAAGAAGCACAAUACGAUAGACAAUUACGAUUAUGGGCUACUUCAGGACAGCUGAAUUUGGAAAAUAGCCACAUAGCUUUAAUCAAUGUUAGUGCCACAGGGUGUGAAGUAUUGAAGAAUUUAAUAUUACCCGGGAUUGGAAAAUAUACCAUUAUUGACGAUAGAAUAGUAACUCAUGAGCAUCUAUCGUCAAACUUUUUUCUCAAAUUGAAGGAUCUGGGCAAGAAAUUGGCUCAUUGUGUCAAGACAAAUUUAAAUGAAUUGAAUGCCGAUGUCGAAGGUUUUGCAAUUGAGAAAUCACUUGAGCAAAUAUUGGAAUAUGAUAUUGAAUGCAAAUUUUGGGAUCAAUUUCACUGUGUUAUUGUUAGUAACUAUACUCCUAAAUUGAAAAAUUUGAUUGAUAUACUUUGGGACAAACAUAUUCCAUUGCUUGUGGUUAAUACAGUGGGAUUCUAUGGUUCAUUAAACUUGAUUGCAAAUGAAACUACCGUGAUUGAAACCCAUGAUCCUUCAAAAUUAUUUGAUUUAAGAAUUGAUCAGCCAUGGCCAGAAUUGCAACAAUAUGCUGAUUCGUUCCAAUUAGAUGAAUUAAAUGAUCAAGAUCAUGCACAUGUUCCAUAUAUUGUCAUUUUUAUCAAAGCAUUGCAAUUUUGGAAACUUAAUCAUAAUGGUCAACCGCCAUCUACUUAUCAUGAAAAGAAGUCAUUCAAGAGUUUAAUUGAAUCGAUGUCAAGAAAUAUCAAUUUGGAAACGAAUUUCAUUGAAGCUUUACAAUCAUGUCAUCGAGCUUUUCAAAAAACGGAGUUGCCUCAAAGUAUAAAAGCUCUAGUUGAAUCUAUAGAUUCUAAACCAAUUGAUGUGAAAACGUCCAUUUUCUGGAUUUAUAUUGCUGCAUUGAGAGAUUUCCUAAAAUUGAAUAAUAAUAUCCUUCCUUUGCCUGGAAAACUACCCGAUAUGGCAUCAGAUACUAAAAACUAUACAACAUUAUCACGACUUUACCGUAAAAAGGCACUCCAAGAUCAACAACUUUUCACAGAACAAGUUUACAAUAUACUAGAUCAAAUUGGUAGACCGCGAGAGUCAGUUACCACUGAAUCAAUAGCUACAUUUUGCAAAAACACACAUUUAUUAUUCGUCACUACAGGAUCAAAAAAUCUAAUUAAUGACUCACUAUUGGCUAAUCUUAACUCGUCAUGUAAUUUCACAGACAAUGGAGAAAGCACCGCCCCUACUACCGAAUCAGAUAUGAUUUCCAUCUAUGUGGCAAUUUUGAGUUUCAAUGCAUACAUCGAACAAUACAAAGUGCCACCAACAAUUGAUGAUUUCCAUGAAUUUAUCUCCGUAUAUCGAUCUAAGGUAUUGAAAUCGAAUGCAGCUACAUCCACAACAACACCAAGAUCACAAAUUCAACCUUCAACAUUGGAUGUUUUCAAGGAAAUUCUAAUGCAUAAUUCAACCAAUUAUCCAAAUUUGAGUAGUUUAAUGGGUGGUGUUGCCAGUCAAGAGAUUUUGAAAUUGACUACGGCUCAAUACAUACCUUUGGAUAAUUUAUUCAUAAUUGAUGGGAUUAAAUCAAGUAGUGAGCGAUUUAAAAUACAGUAA